UUCAUUUUGUGCUAUGACGAAGAGCAACAUGCGAGAAAACAGCUGUGAACAGCGACUGAGCGGCUAGCUGAAGUUUAGUACAGCUACAGUGCGUUAGCUAUCAAAAACAGAUUUUAUUUUGUAUUUAUAAUCGGAGAAGACAAGGACAUCAAGACUAACUUGCUCGUUUUCUAAAUGAACUGAUACGCAUUUGCUUCGGCUGCCUUGCCGGCCUGACGCACUAGUUAUAUUUCGCCUAGUAGCUUGCUAGUCACACAGCUAGCCGUGUUAGCCGGUUUAGCCAGGUUGUUUUGUUCUCUGUAAAAGUGGCACCUUGUUCUAUAACACAUGAGUGUGUCGCUGGUCGUUAUCCGUCUGGAAUUAGCCGAUCAGUCACCUUGUCCACAAGGUUUCCAGUACUCCGCUGUUGAAGGCAUGUCAGAGAAGGAGCUGCAGGAGAAAGCUCUGGGUUUAGCCAAACACACGCUGAGCGGAAAGACUGACCUGGAGAGAGCAGCCGUCCUGCACCAGCACAUUGGCAGCAGAGCAAUGGGGGACAUGGUUAUAGAAACCUUUGAACCCAGCCCAGAUAAGGGAGGAGGUGAAGAGUCAAACAGUGAAUUUCAGGAUGCUAAGACUGAAGCAGAAAGUCAGGAAGGUACAGAGGGUUCCCAGGACAGCAGCACUCCAACAUCCACCACUCCAGACUCCCCCUCCAAGCAGCUGCCUGACCAGAUCUCCUUCUUCAGCGGGAACCCCUCAGUGGAAAUCAUCCACGGUAUCAUGCACCUCUACAAGACCAACAAAAUGACUUCCCUGACUGAAGAUGUCAGACGCAGUGCGAUGGUGUGCAUCCUGACUGUCCCAGCCACCAUGACCAGUCAUGACCUCAUGAAACUCAUGGCGCCAUUUAAUGAUGUCAUGGAACAUAUGAAGAUCAUACGGGACUCCACCCCCAACCAGUACAUGGUUCUCAUUAAGUUCUGUACACAGGCAGAUGCAGACAGUUUUUACACAGCCUGUAAUGGCCGCCAGUUCAACUCCAUAGAAGAAGCGGUGUGCCAACUGGUGUAUGUGGAGCGGGCAGAGGUUAUAAAGUCUGAAGAGGGGGCCAGCCUACCUGUGAUGGAGCUGACCGAACUGCCAAAGUGCACUGUGUGCCUGGAGAGAAUGGAUGAGUCUGUCAACGGCAUCCUCACCACUCUCUGCAACCACAGCUUUCACAGCCAGUGUCUCCAGCGGUGGGAAGAUGCCUCGUGUCCCGUAUGUAGGUACUGUCAAACACCAGAGCCAGUUGAAGAGAACAAAUGUUUUGAGUGUGGAGUACAGGAGAACCUGUGGAUUUGUUUGAUCUGCGGUCACAUUGGUUGUGGCCGCUACGUUAGUCGGCAUGCCUACAAGCACUUUGAGGAAACACAGCAUACUUACGCUAUGCAGCUCACCAACCACCGUGUCUGGGACUACGCAGGAGAUAAUUAUGUGCAUCGGCUCGUGGCCAGUAAGACUGAUGGGAAGAUGGUGCAGUAUGAAUGUGAAGGAGACACCUGCCAAGCUGAGAAAAUUGAUGCACUCCAACUAGAGUACUCAUACCUCCUGACGAGUCAGUUGGAGUCUCAGAGGAUUUACUGGGAGAAUAAGAUUGUUCAUCUGGAAAAGGAGACAGCCGAGGAGAUUAACAACAUGAAGGCAAAAUUUAAAGAGACGCUGGAGCGCUGUGACAACUUGGAGCAACGACUGGGAGAAAUAACCAAAGACAAGCAAAGCAUGGAGAAAAAGUGCACUCAGUUGAACAGUCGAGUGCUGAAGCUGAGCCAGGAGCUGAAGGAGGAGCAGGAGAUGAACCGCUGUCUGAGAGCCAAUCAGAUGGAGCUGCAGUCACAACUGACAGAGGAGGAACGCAAAGGAAAGGAAAAUGGAGACCGUAAGGACGUGACGAUAUCAGAGCUGCAGGAGCAGCUCAGAGAUGUGAUGUUUUACCUGGAGACCCAGCAGCAGAUCGAACACCUGCCUCCGGAGGCUCGCAGUGAAAUCCAGGAGGGACAGAUCAACAUCCCAGCCGGUCCGCCAGACAGCGGUCUGGGCUCAGCGGGGGCGGGCCCCUCCUCCAGCAGGGGCAGAAGAGGCCGGGGCAGGAAGAGAAAGUAGGGCAGAAACUGUACAGCAGCCCCUCAGGGUGGACAUGUUUACGACUGUACUUUUGUUAACGUAUCCACAUGGUUGUGGCUCCUCAGAAAGCACUCAGACAGGACGACUUCAUGAAGAAAGAGUAAAUAGUGAGAUAUUUAUCUGCACAACUUCCCACUCCUGCAAGAAGAAAAGUGGAGCAUGUGGGAAGAUCGCUCAGUCAUUUUAGACAUCAGUGAUGUGAUGUAUGUACAUUCUGCUGUUUUCAAACCCUAAGAGUAUCUAUUUUGAUCAUAAUCAGUAUUUAUUUGAUCAAAAAUAUGUUUCUUUGUUUCGUACCAUGUAAUCUUAUCAAAGUUUGGCAUUUCUUUCAAAUAUAAAGCUGAGAGCUGAGUAAAGAUAACUUCCACAUCAAUGUUUGCUUUGUGUAAAGGAAAAUAAUGACCGCCUCUUUUCAUUGUUAGACUUUUUUUUGUCUUUUCUUGACUAAAGUUGAACAUAAUUUUUCAGUUGUUUCCAAAGACAGACAGAAGAAAGAGAGAGAUUCUGAGCUGCUGUUGUCUUUUCUCAACAGUGCAGUUUAUUGGUGUUGAAAUUCCACGGACAGGAGUCAGAGCUUCCCCAGCUUUAUGUACGGAGCACGAGGCAUGUUUUCACUGUGUAGGUCAGUGAUUCCCAACCAGAAGUGUGAGUACUGCUAUACCAGGAAGAAAGAGAGAGUAGUUCAGCUAAAGUGAAAAUAUACUAUAUAUAUAUAUUUUUUUUUUUUUUACUUUUCACAGUACCCAAUAAACCAUCAUUGCAAAGGAGACUUGCCCCCACCUCACCACCAACCCAAGUACUGUAUUUGUGCAAUUUUGAGAUACUCCAUUUUUUCUUAUACUCAUUACAUUUCACAUAGAAGAAUACUUUGUACUGUACAGUAAUGCUUUAUUUUACAAGUCUAAUAUUUUUCAGCUAAUUUUGUAAAAUAAAAAAAAACUUGCUGUAUGUUUCCAAGAAAGUCAUUCACAAUUUGGUGUUAAUUAUACAGACCACCAAAAGUGCUUUUCACUCACUUUUUUUUGACCAUACUGACUAUCAAAAUUAGACUAGAAUGAGUGGGUACUCAGCGUUUUUCUUGUGUUUUGCAAAGAGAGUUUAGCCAGCACCAAAAUAAAAAUGUUUUUUUUAAAUCCAUUUUCAUUAAUUGGAUUUUCUUUACUUUCCCCUCUCUACCUUUAAUAGUCCCCACAGGGGAAAUUCUGUUUUUCUCAUAUCCUCCUAACUGGGGGGUCAGGGUGCAGAGUCAACCAUGGUACGACUCCCUUGGAGUAGGAAGAAGGAUUAAGGGUUUUGCUCAAGGGCCUUACAGUGGCCACAUCGGGGUUUGAGUCUCUGACCUUCGGAUCAGUUUUCCAGAACUUAACCGCUGCACCACCACCACUGCCCCUUUUUUAUUAAAUGUUCAGAAAAAAACAAAAAUGCAUAGAUUUCUGUCAAAUAAGGCGAUGCAGACAUAUUGUCUUUCUUGUAUGCAGACUGAUUGUGCUUCCUGUUGUGCAUUGUCGCCUCUCAAAGGUGCAUUUUGAGCAGAAAAACCCAGAACACUCUACAAAUGAACACUUACUCCUUUUACCUUAUAGUUAUUACCAGACCAUUGAGAACUUUGCUGUAAUUCUUUCCAAAUUUUACUGUGAAAAUUUCCACCAAAAUAGCUGGAAAAAAAUUUUGUAAAAUUAGGAGUUGCACACUCCGCCACUUUUUUUGACAGCUGUAGUUUCUUUACAUACAAAACAUACAUUAAUCUUCUAGAAUAUGAUUGAUACGUAUAAUUAGAACUGUUGCAAUUAGCUGAUUAAUCGGUUAGUCGAGGUUUAAAGGCUGUUUUCGAUUUAGAAACGCAAAUACAGUUGUUUAAGGUUCACAAAAUGCAGCUGGCUGCCGUAGUUUUUCAUUUGCCUGCGAUUGUACAUCAUGAAUGUCACAUGCAUUGAGAGUGGGCCUUUAGGUUUUAAGAAAUUAUGGAGCACUUUUAAUAUUCCUGAUUAUUAGUUAGCCCCGUGAACCUCAAGCGCUCUGCUCCUAUCACAUUUUCACUCAGCCAGUGUCUUUUGUGGAGUAUAAAAAAAAUGUAGUGCCAUUAAUCAUAAAUGAGAAAAACAAAAGUUACGCUCCUUUGAUUACUUGUAUUACAAAAACAGGAAUCAACAUAUACAAAAUAUUGUUUUUCAGUUCUUUAUUUUCAAAGGAUAACAAUAUACAUUUCAAGUACAUUCAAACUAGCUUUUCAUAAAUAUUUAGCAUAUAGAGCAUAAUUUGAAUCUCAUUUCUUCUCUUUAUCCUUUUUUUUAUGGUAUAGUUUCAAAAUCCAACACAUUUUUAAGGGUCCAGUGGUGUUACCAACACUAGAAAAGCUGUACAGACUCAGUGUUUUUCACACGAUUGUGCACAUGUAGUCUAGAAAGAUGUUUCACCAUGCUGGAUGUAUGCUCCAACAGGUUGUGAAUCUGUAUACUGUUUUUGAUCUAUGCUUUUCAAAUCUGUCCUGUGUUUCAGAGUUUGGAGAGUUCAUUUUUAAAAAUCUACAGUUUAAACAGUUAUAAAAACAACCACUAGUUGGAGCCCCUGUUGUUAUUAUGGUUAUAAAAAUAUGAUUAAAUCCACUUGACCAGCUGCAACAUGCUGACACAUCAAUAUGAAUAAAUGAAGGUAUAAUCUGA